GCAAGCGACGCAACUCCUGCUUGCAAAUCAUUUUUUCCCCUAUUGUCUGCGCAACUAGCAGCAACAUUUUUUGAUGUGUGAUCAUGGGGAUUGAGAAGUAAACACGUUGGCCUGCGCUCAUGAUCAGGGGCGAGGUGAGAUACGUCCCUCAGACUCGGAUUGUCCUUCAUCGCAAGUUGAUUUUACUUCUAAGCAGAGGAACUGCAAGCUUCAAUGGCGUCAAUUUCUAAAGUCUCUAUUCUAGAUUACUUUAAUAUUGUGUUUGAGGGUGAAAAUGGCAAGAUCGAGUCUAACUGCAAGGCUUGUGGCACCAGGAUUCAGGCGAAGCGAAGUGUCACGUCCAACUUCGUAACGCAUCUCAAGCGUAAGCACCAGGCUAUGUAUGAUGAGUUUGUGAAAAGGAAGGAUAUGAAGAGAGAGGCUUACUCGUCUGGUUCACUGCACAGCUUCACUGCCAAUGGAGGGAACACUCGCUACACCCACCCCAUCAGCAGUGGAGGAGGAGGAGGAGUGGGAGGAAUAGGAACACUGGAGGGAGGAGUAGGGGGAGGCGCUGGAGGCGGAGUGACCAAGUUUGACAGACAUGACCCACGGCAGGUUCUAAUCUCUGAGGCCAUAGCGAAGAUGAUUGUGCGUGACCUUCAGCCGACGUCCAUGGUGGAGAACCAAGGCUUCAGGGAGCUGCUGCAGCUCCUGGAGCCACGCUACACCCCAGAGCCCCAACACUACCUCCAGAGCCAGCUGCUUCCAGCCUAUGCCUACCAGGCUCAGCUGGCAUCCCGUCAGGCCCUGGCCUCAGCACAUGCUCUCAGCCUUAGCUUAGACCUCUGGAGGGGCCUCUCUGGAGCCACUUCAGGGUACCUCGGUGUCACCUGUCAUUUUCUUACAUCUGACUGGCAGAUGCGUUCAGCCCUUCUGGCAUGCCUUCCCCUGACUGGUGGAAGCUCUGUGAAUCGCGUGCUUGCAGAUUUUGAUGAGGUGUGUCACUCUCAUGGUGUUUCUGGGAGAGCGUUUCGUGUCGUUGCUGACCCUUUACUGGCCACAACAACCCUACAGCCAUGUUGUCUUCCUGGCUUCAGUAUUCAUGGAAUUGGGCAGGAGGAGGAGGAUGAGGAAGAGGGGGACAAUGGCAAUGAUUUGGAGGAAGGGAGUAGCAAUGGUCACAGUGAGGGCAGAGAAGAAGCAGACUGGGAGGAAUCGUGGGAGCAGGGUCUGGGUGUAUGUCGAGUGGACUGUUUCUCUCGCUCCCUUGAUCAGUGUAUCAGAGAGGGGCUGCACUCCUGUCCACAGCUCUCCUCCACGCUGGCCAAAGCUGCUUGCUUCUACAACUACAUUACCUCUGCUGUCCCACCAGAGAAACUUAGCCAGGUUUUCGAUGGUCCUGGCGUGGUGAUGGGAGGACCAGGAAGCACCGCUCCUGUUAUAAGAGACUGGGCUGCUCAGCUUAAGGUGCUUCGACGGCUGCUGGACUCAGUAGAGUUCCUUGAGGAGGUGAGUGGUCGAGGGGAGCUGGCACUGGGUGGCCCAGAGAGGGCCCUGUUGAGGGAGCUGACUGACACUCUGGAGCCCUUCACUGAGGCCUGGGACAUGGUGCGCGGGGACAGACAAGAAAACAGACUCACAGACAGACACGUAUCAAUCAGCCUAGCCUUGCCAUGUGUCCUGGGCCUUCGUAAGCACCUCUCGGAGACCUCAGCCCCCCACUGCCCCUCUCUACUUGUGGGCCUCAGCCAGGCUGUGGAGCGUCAGCUGGCCCCAAUCCUUGAGGAUCCCCUCUACAUAACUGCCACCACCCUGGACCCCCAGUUCAAGCUCACAUGGAGCAGCAACCCCGACUGGCACAGGCAAGUUCUCCUAGAGGAGUUGACCAAACAUUCCCCGGCUUCCAGCCCCUUAGACCCCAUCACAGACCUCCAUUCCCAAGCCCAGUCUCCUCCUGCCUCAGCUCCAUCACCAGUCUCCUCACUGUCCCGGCCUUGCAAGCUGUUCUCCUUCAUCAAGCAGAGACCCACAACACAGGCCAAGAGCCUGGAGCAGGAGCUGGCCGUCUACCUGCGUGAGGAACCCACAGACGAGGAGGCCUUGCAUUACUGGCGGCGCAAGGCAAUUGACUUUCCUCUGCUUGCCCAGGUGGCUAAGAGGGCUUUCACCAUACCUGCUAGUGGCACUGUGGUGGAGAGCAUUUUCGCUGCUGCCGGGCGUUGUCUGCGGCUGGAGAGAGGCCGUGUCUUACCAAAGAACCUGGAGACACUCAUCUACCUCAAAGCUAACUACAGAUUAUUAUGGACUUAGAGUUUAGAGUUAAGUGUUUCUCGCAUCUAAAGAUCUACUAAGGGUUGUCACAACUUUUUUUUUUUUUUUUACUUACCAUAAAGCUACUUCUUGGAUACCAACCUACAUUUGUCUUCAAAGCACUUGAGCUAGAAACAAUCCAGUCCUUGUACAUCAUUUGUUGAUAUAAGACAUGCAGACAUCAGAACGGAGGCCUAGUUUCCAUUGUUGAGUAGGGCUUUCCAGGCUACUAUAAGUGUGGAUAUACCAUGUAGUCUGCAGGACUAUCCUAAUACAUGCUGUGGACCAAGUGGCCAAAAGCAGAUCAAUACUAAAGCAUUUACGUUGACAUUUUAGCCUGAGCAGGGACUCCAGAUAAGUACAAGACCACUAACCUCUCACCCUACAUCCUGCCACCCCCAAAGACAGCUUGUGCCUGUACACUACCAGCCGAUAAUUACUCUAGUGAAAUACCAAGGAUUACCAAGUGGUCAUUUUAAUGCAUAGUAUUCAGUUUAUUUACAUAUAUGAACAAUAACCCUAGAGGUUGUAAAUCAUCAAAUUUGAUGUAAAAAUGAUUGAGGAAUGGAAGGCAUCAGCCAGUUAACAACAAGGCAUUGCAUCAUCCCCUUUUUCUUUUUCAUUUCUCUCUGUAUGUAUGCCUCACCACUGGGACAUCAUAAUAAAUGAGUUUCACUCCUUAAUGCA